AUGGAAGUAGCCAAGGAGCCCGCAGGUGGUGAAACUCGAAGAAAACCCCUUAACCAGCAGAGGCUUGCCUCAUUUAGCAAAGUAUCCGAGUCAAGCCCAAACAAAGGCGCAACCUCCGAAAACAAAACAGACGAAACCAAUAUAGCUCGGAAGCCCGGAAAAGCGACGGAUAACCCAAAAAGACUCGAAUCAAGAGAACCAACAACGAAGCAUCCUAACCGGAGAAGACCUCUAUGA